AUGCAGAUCUUCGUAAAGCUGGCCUACUACCUCAGACGAUGGAUGACUGAUACGGCGCCUCUUGCACAGACGCUCACUGGAAAGACCAUCACCCUCGAGGUCGAAUCCUCUGAUACUAUUGACAAUGUCAAGACCAAGAUCCAGGACAAGGAGGGCAUCCCCCCGGACCAGCAGCGCCUCAUCUUCGCCGGCAAGCAGCUCGAGGACGGCCGCACCCUUUCGGAUUAUAACAUCCAGAAGGAGUCCACCCUCCACCUCGUCCUCCGUCUCCGUGGAGGCAUGCAAAUCUUCGUCAAGACCCUCACGGGAAAGACGAUCACGCUCGAGGUCGAGUCGUCUGACACCAUCGACAACGUGAAGACGAAGAUCCAAGACAAGGAGGGCAUUCCUCCGGACCAGCAGCGUCUCAUCUUCGCUGGUAAACAGCUCGAGGAUGGUCGCACCCUCUCGGACUACAACAUUCAGAAGGAGUCGACCCUUCACUUGGUCCUCCGUCUCCGUGGUGGCAUGCAGAUUUUCGUCAAGACUUUGACGGGUAAGACGAUUACCCUCGAGGUCGAGUCGUCGGAUACCAUCGAUAACGUCAAGACAAAGAUCCAAGACAAGGAGGGCAUCCCCCCGGACCAACAGCGCCUCAUCUUUGCGGGCAAGCAGCUUGAGGAUGGUCGCACCCUCUCGGAUUACAACAUCCAAAAGGAGUCCACGCUCCAUCUCGUCCUUCGUCUCCGCGGAGGUAUGCAGAUCUUCGUCAAGACGUUGACCGGCAAGACGAUUACGUUGGAGGUCGAGUCUUCGGACACGAUUGACAACGUCAAGACGAAGAUUCAGGACAAGGAGGGCAUUCCUCCCGACCAGCAGCGCCUCAUCUUUGCGGGCAAGCAGCUCGAGGAUGGACGCACGCUCUCGGAUUACAAUAUCCAGAAGGAGUCGACCCUCCACCUUGUCCUUCGUCUCCGUGGCGGUCAGUAA